AUGGGGGACACUGCAUCCUCUGGCUUUGGACUUCACAUCCUAAACUUACGACUUGACAUCUGCACCCUUCUCCACCGCGAGUUGAUCCCCCACCUUGACAACUUCCCCAUUCUCCCACGCAAAGUGAUCCCGGAUACCCACGUCAGCACUGAUCAAGACACGGAGAUGGCGAGCACGAGAGCGAGAGGCAAGAAGGCGGGCGCGAAGGGCAAGGGGGCGGACAGCGAGGACGAAGACCCGUCGGUGCGGCGUCCAAGCGGCGUGAGGAAACGCACAAAGCCCCCUGCAGGGGAUACAGAGGAGCCUGCUAGGAAGAAGCGCAAGUCUGCUGAGGCGUCGACGCUCAAGCUCAAGGAGAUCGCAGAUGCUGAAGCAGAGUACUCCGAGGAAGAAGACUUCGCCACCGCCAAAGGCGUCGGACCGGACAUCAGCAAGAUGAAGCCCCAAGAGCUGAUGGUCCAGGAAGAAGUUGCCGUGGCGCCUGGCUUUCGUCUAUGA